CAUACGGGCGGUCGGCGGGAAGGGAGGAAGCGGCGCAGGCACGCGCCGGAGACGUGACCGCCGCAGCGGCAGCUGGGAGAGAGCGAGGCGGUGGGAGGCGUCUGACGCUAUAUAGGCGGCGCGCGGCCCGGCGCCCGGCUAGUCGCUCACUGCUGCUGCUACUGCUGAUAGCAUGGCCGCCUGCAACGUGCAUCUGCUGCUGUUUCUGCUGGUGGGAGCGCCUCUGGCGCCCGCCCAGGCCGCCCCAGAGCCAGGGCCGGAGGCGCCGCUGGACGUCGUCCUCUCGUCGACGCUGCGCGCCGGCGACGCCUCGCUGCCCGAGUACGUCGUCGUGCCGGAAGACGCCGCCUCUCAGCCGCCGCCGUCGCCGCCGGACCUGGCCGUGGAGGACGGGGACGCGGCGGCGCCGCCGCAGCUGCGCAAGCCGUCCGCCGACAAGGCGUGGAGCCUCGCCGAGCGCCGCGAGCAGCUCAUGGCCGACCUCGACGACGGAGAGCCUGUCUACCCUAGAGUGGCGACCCCGCGGCUGGUGGCCCACGCGCGCGUCGCCGGCCCGGGUACGAGCCUGCGCGCCGACUCCGCGGAGCGCUGCCUGCAGCUGUGCCGGCUGCGGCCGCACUCGUGCGACGCCGCCAACUACCACGCGGCCACCCACAAGUGCCGCCUGCUGGCGCGCUGCGCGCCCACCAAGGUCGCCUACGAGCACCACGACUACCACCACUUCGCCGCCAGGCCGCACGUGCGCGGUGACGGCUUCUCCCACGAGCCCAACUCCGGCUCCUGCAUGAAGGUGGUGUCACAGCAGGCCGACUACGCGGGCGCCGACCGGCUGUGCGAGUUGCAGGGCGGCCGCCUGGCGGCGCUGACGUCGCCGGCGCUCAACGAAUAUGCCGCGUCGCUGCUGCGGCAGGCGGGCGCACAGUACGCCUGGAUCGGCUUGCGUGACGUCUACGGCCGCGAGGGAGACCCCACGCACAGUGACGGUACUUCUGUGUCGGAACGCCGCUUCUUCAAGCCAGCGCCGCAACACUGGAGGAACGCCACGGACAAGAACUGCUGGGCGCUGCGCGACGACGGGCACUGGGCCGAGCUGUCGUGCAAAACGCGCCGCCUCUACGGCGUCUGCGAGGUGCCGCUCUUCUGAGGCGCCGCAGUGGCGCCAGCACGCCGCGCCACUGCUGCCGGGCGCGGGCGAUACAUCGCAACUGCUACCGAUCGAUCAAAAUAACCUUGUGAUCGACACAUGACUGAGUCGAGUGUGACUGAAGCUAACCUCCAGUAGGAGCGCACGCGUUACCUGUCCUGCACAGACACGGAUGACCUUGAGAACGUGAGACAACUACCAUCAUUUGCUCAUACCGACAUCGCCCCCUUACCUCCCCCGUCUCCACUUGCCGUUACCAGCAGAGACUUUAAAAAUAGUGUAGCUGCAGAAGUACUGAAUGCAAUAAAUGUCUUAGCAGUGUGAUUUUCUGCUUAUUAAAACA